AUUAGGAAAAGCCGAAAUGGUACUGUGGCGUCCUCUGUCGGCAGUAAUGUGCACAGCUGCUGUCCAGAAUGUAAGGUGUUAGUGAUUAACCCUUGCUGUCUACUCAGACAAGCAACAGCAGGGGCGAAGUGCGGACAGAGUUCAACUUUUUAAACUCUUACAGAUCAGUCACAUUUGAAUAUUACAAGCAAGUGGAUAUCGGAUUGGACCACUGUGGUGCCACCAACAAGCGAAGCUUUCUUCAUAUGCCUCCUUAAGAGAAACAGUGGAGGCAUCUAGCAACUUCUAAUAAGCCAACAACAUGGAUGCUUUUGAGGGAAUUCACAGUGUUCAGAUUUCCUCCUCUCCACCACCCGCAACCUCCUCCAGUCCGGCCUAUGAAGUCCUUAAGGCAGGCAGGCGGGGAAUAGCUGUGUAUUCCUCUGCAGUGUUCUUUGGGACCCCUUCCAGCCAAGGAACACGCUCCAAGACCUUGUCCAGCAGGAGAAGGGAGGCUGAGGAUGAAGGCUGCGUCGUAGGAAGAUUAGUAGAUCUGGAUCCAGAGCCAGAGUCCAGAAUGGAGGGAAGAGGCAACAGUGGGCCCAAUUCAGGACUAGAUCGUGGUAUCCACUCCUGCUUGCGGAGCUCCUCGCUAGAAAUUAGAGGGAAAGAAAUUCAAGAAAAGGGCUCCGAGAUCCUCAGCGAGCAACUGGAUGCUGCAAAGAGGGAACUGAAACUGAAAGAUAAGGAGUGUGAGCGUCUGUCACAGGUCAGGAAUCAACUGGAACAAGAGCUGGAGGAACUGACUGCUAGUCUAUUUGAGGAAGCUCACAAGAUGGUGCGGGAGGCGAAUGUCAAACAAGCAGCAUCAGAGAAACAACUGAAGGAGGCUCAGGGGAAGAUCGACGUCCUGCAGGCAGAAGUGACAGCACUCAAGUCUCUGGUGUUGACGUCCACGCCGUCCUCCCCGAAUCGCCAGUUGCACCCCCAGUUGCAGCUUCCAGUCACCAGGGGGGCACAUAAAAUGGUCGGAGGCCACAUUCGUAACAAGAGUCUGAGCGGCAGCUUCCCGACCCCACCUGGAAAACCCGAAUCGCCAUCACGUGCUGUUCAGCCUAUGGCCAAAGAGGACAGCGAGGAGAAAAGGGAUGGGGUAGGGCCUGACAGCAGACAGAUGGACUCAGUUCUCUAUGCAGAAUUCCUGCUGUGGAAGGAACAUCCAAGUCUAGAUCGCUCGUCUGCCCUCAUGAGUCGGAUCUACAGAGAAGAAAUAACACCCUGCCUCUCCUUUACACGAUCAGAGCUGUCCCAGCUGGUGCAGAGUGCCGUGGAAAACAAUUCUUUGACUAUCGAGCCUGUGGCCAUGUCAGCAUUACCAAUGGUUAAAGCCUCGGUGAUAGAGUGUGGCGGCCCUAACGGCUGUAGGGCAGCAGUAGAGACAAAAUGUGCAUUAAGUGGAGUGUCGCGACUGUGCAGACAUCGCAUUAAACUUGGUGACAAGGGGAGUUACUACUACAUCUCCCCCUCUAGUCGAGCACGGAUCACGGCUGUGUGUAAUUUUUUUACGUAUAUCCGCUACAUUCAGCAGGGCCUGGUCAGGCACGAUGCAGAGCAAAUGUUCUGGGAGGUGAUGCGUCUCCGCAGGGAGAUGACUGUGGCCAAGUUGGGCUUCUACCUCACGGAGUAGUGUUGGGGGACCCGCUGGACCAGCUUGAGGAGCCAACCACAGCACGCCAGGCUUACAAUGUGGUAAUUAAUAACAGCUUUAAUGCUGUAGUGGUCAACCAAGGAAAUACCCUAUCACAAUAAGAUAAUGAAAGGUAAAGUUCCAAGACUUACAUAAACAUUGAAUAUAUACUGUAUAUGUGUACAUAUGUAUGUGUGUGUGUGUGUGUGUAUAUAUAUAUAUAUAUAUAUAUAUAGGUAUGUGUAUAUGUAUGUAUGUUGUGUGUGUGUAUAUGUAAUAGAUAUAUAUGUACACACUUAUAUAUUCUAUGUUAAUGUAAGACGUGUGUAUUAUAUAUUUACAGUACACACAUACACACAUUACAUGACAUCAAGACUACAAAAAAAACUACAUCAUGUAAAAUUUUACAUGAUUAUAUACAUGAUAGAUCGGAGAUAGAUUUUAUGUAUGUAUGCGUGUGUGUAUAUAUAUAUAUAUAUACAUACAUACAUAUACAAGCUGUACAGUGGAAUUCAAGUUGAGUUAAAUCAGGUUCAAGACGUCGCUGAAAAUCGUACAGGUAAACAAAUGGUAUAAUGUAUAAUUUUAUUCUGAAAUAGGUGCCAUAUACAUUCAAAAACUUUAUACACAUUACUUUGAGAUAUCGCCAAGCUCGUCCAUGACGGUUUGUGCCAUCAGAUCAGUCUGAAUUUUGCAAGCUUGCACUUUGUUCUUGAUUGAUGCCUUUUUAAGAAGCAGCAGUUGCAGUCUGAUGUUGGCUUGGCAUGUUUUAUUAGUCGUACGUACCGUCCUCCACAGUUUUGCACUUCUGAAAUCAACACUUUUGUGUAUGUACUAUAUACUAGGGGCCAAAUUUAUACAAUUCUGUGGAUAUUUACUGUGCUAUGAAAAAGAUUUUCCUUUAUAAAUCAGGCAAUUUGGGAUCAGCCAUUUCAGUUAAAUAUAUCAUAUAGCAGACGAACACAGCGAUGGAUGAGAAGUGAAAUAAAGUUUCAGAUUCACAGAAAGUGUGCAGUAAUUAUUUAAACAAAAGUAAGCAGGUGCAUAAAUUUGGGCACCCCAACAGAAAUAUGACAUCAAUAUUCAGUAGAUCCUCCUUUUGCAGAAAUAAAUACUUCCUACAGUUUCCAAUAAGGGUCUGGAUUCUGGUUGAAGGUAUUUAUGACCAUUCUUCUUUCCAAAACAUCUCCAGUUGAGUCAGGUUUGAUGGUUUCCAAGCAUGGACAGCCCACUUUAAAUCACACCACAGAUUUUCAAUAAUAUUUAGGUCUGGGGACUGAGGUGGCCAUUCCAGAACAUUGUAGUACUUCUUCCUCUGCAUGAAUGCCUUUUGUAGAAUUUUAAGCAGUAUUUAGGAUCGUUGUCAUGGUGGAAGUAUCCAUCCCCAGCCCAACUUCAACUUUGAACCACUACCAAAGGUUACUGUGGGCAGUAAGUGUUUGUCUUGGAAUGCAAUCUUCUUCGUCCGCCAUGCAACCCCCACCCCCCACUUUUGUUUAAAUAAUUAUUGCACACUUUCUGUAAAUGCUAUAAACUUUAUUUCACUUCUCAUCUAUCAGUGUGUUUGUCAGCUAUAUGAUAUUUAUCUGAAAUUGCUGAUCCAAACAACCAGUGACUUAUAAAGGAAAAUCUUAAAAAUGACCUGAGGUGCCCAAACCUUUUCAUACCACUGUAGGUGUAGAAAUCUGUGUACUCACAUAACAGGAAACACGCAUAUGCAGUCUUUCUGUUCUAUGUAUAAAACUCCACGUAUGUAUAUUCCCACGUGUUUUUCCUUCAUACACAUUAAUAAUGCUGAAAUUGUGUGCAUAUGAAAGUGCGCCACAACCUUCACCUGCCCAGACGUGGGCACGUAUCCUGGAAUCACAAAAAUAAACGAUAAAUUCCAUGCCUUGGAGCUAAGGGAACCGCAAAGGGGGCAAUAAAUAAACAAGAUCCUGCUAACGGUAUGAAAAAUUUUAACAUAAGCCUGCUGAUUUUUAUGAACUCACCAUGCAGUUGUUGCAUCAACCCAGGACACAGUUGCAGUGCUGCUGCAGCUGGCUUGUGGUCUGCGAAUUGGCAUUUCUUACGGCCAGAUUGUGCAACACAACACAGAUUGACUAUUCUGAACAUCUUUACUGGCUGGUAGAGAUCUUAUUCAAUUACAUCAUAACAGAGUGAAAUAAAACAAAUCAAACUGAAAUGUUUAUUUUGUCCUUUCACACCGGAAAGGACUGUAUAGGCUAUACAUGGUCUGCCGAAUCCCUGUUUAUGGAUUUUUAUAAAUUUGGAAAAAUACGUGGGAAUAAUGUACCAAUGUGGAUUUUUGUACAUUUGAAUAAAUACAUGGGAAGUGGCGUAUGUGCACCUUUUAUGUGUACGCAUGGUAUUUGGCCCCAGAGGCUUCCCAACAGGAAGCUUAUCUCUCCUUUUUGUCAUAGUAGCUCUAAUGCUGAUAAAAAUUGGGUGACCCCUACUCUAGAAAAUGCAUGCUGAAAUAUAAGAUGCAGAACAAUUUUUUCUGUUGUAGAUACAGGAAAAGGUGGGGGCUCCUGUACUGUAUGUGCAUGUCCAACGCAGUCCAAAGCCAUAUUAUGGAAUUUGCAUUGGGUGUUUUAUCUCAUGGCGUAGAUUUAUUAGCAUUUUUAACCGUCAUCUCAAAAAAACUGUACAUUGAAGGUGAAAAUGAAGAAAUGUGGAUACAGAAGUGCAAUAAACUCUUCUUGGCCUCUUCGGCUUUGAGAUGUCCCAGCUUUGAUGUACUGACGAUAACUGUCAACAAUUUAGGUUUGACAAUGCCAUGCUUUUCCUACUUGUCAUUUCAUAAAUCGUGUUACUUCUUGGUAAAUAUUUUCCAGUGACCUUGACGUCAACACCGUGAAUGGCCUGUGUACAGUGACAUAAAACACAAAGACACACCCAUGUUGUUUUACAGGUUUGUAUAAAGGAAUUCAACACCGGGAUACUGAACAAACAUUGAGGCCAUAUCCAACUCACAGGGCUUUAUGGAAUGAAAAUGUGUUUUCGGAGCAUUCGGACAUUCCUGUAAGCCUGUGGUUUCCGGCUUGAAAAUACCUUUCUAAGCUUGUUCAUUCUUCACAGACCUCACAAUACAGCUUGUAGUAGACCUCAGUUUCAGUAAGUCAUAUUAAUUUGUAGUACAGUGAGACGGGUUGGUGACAUAAUACACAGCACAAAGGACAUAACAUGACCUUGUUCUUUGAUACUCAUUUUGAACUAGAAAUAUCAACAUGCUGGUUCUUGUUACGGUUUCCAUUACAUUCGCAAUUAUGACUUCGGACUCAUCGGGACAAUAUCAUCGAAGAUUUGCAAUUUGAUUCGGAUCUUGACAUCAUUGAUGUGGGGCUUAAGUGGGAUUGUGGUCUGACGACAUGUAAAUACUUGAGCUUUUCAGUGAAUGUGUUCCGUUAAAUGCGCCCCCAUUCAAAGUAUUCAAUUCGUGAUCAUUGUGAUUGUAAUUUUCAACAACAUAUUUUCUCUUUGAAUCUGACUCAUUGAAUGUAUCUAUUAACAUCCAGUUACUGUAGGUUUAAGAACAAACAAUCGUGUGGAUUACAUAAAUCCU